GGCGGGCGGGUGAGAGGCGGGGGGGCUUAUUUUCUUGUUCCCUACACUCGUCUUCCCCACCUCCGCAGCCUCUCCAUACCCUUAGAAACACUCUCUUCAACUAGUUUCUUUCAUUUAGAAAUGAGCUACGGCGGCAGUUAUGGUGGUUACGGUGGUGGUUAUGGUGGAGGCUACGGAGGUGGCGGAGGUGGCGGUGGAUGGGGCGGCGACGACAAAAUGCACAACCUCGGCGGUGGUCUUCGCAACGUUGACUGGAACACCACCAAGCUCGAGCACUUUGAGAAAAACUUUUAUGUCGAGGAUAAACGUGUCAGCGCCCGCAGCGAUAAAGAGAUCGAGGAGUUCCGGAAGAUCCAGGAGAUGAAGGUACAAGGUCGGAACGUCCCCAGGCCGGUGUCCUCUUUUGAGGAGGUUGGCUUCCCUGAUUACAUCUUGACCACGAUUAAAGCACAAGGUUUCUCUGCCCCAACGCCAAUCCAAUGUCAGGCGUGGCCUAUGGCUCUCACCGGGCGCGAUGUCGUUGCGAUCGCUCAGACUGGAAGUGGAAAGACCAUCUCCUUCGCGCUUCCCGCAAUGUUGCACAUCAACGCUCAACCUCUCCUCGCCCCUGGCGAUGGCCCCAUCGCACUCAUCCUGGCUCCUACUCGUGAGCUGGCAGUUCAAAUACAACAGGAAUGCACCAAAUUUGGUUCGAACUCUCGGAUUCGUAACACCGCUAUCUACGGUGGUGCGCCCAAGGGGCCACAGAUCCGUGACCUUCAACGUGGUGUGGAGAUUGUCAUUGCUACCCCUGGUCGUCUCAUCGAUAUGCUUGAGACUCAAAAGACUAACCUUCGUCGAGUGACUUAUCUCGUUAUGGACGAAGCUGAUCGUAUGUUGGAUAUGGGUUUUGAGCCUCAGAUCAGGAAGAUUGUUGGUCAGAUUCGACCAGACCGUCAGACUCUCAUGUUCAGCGCAACUUGGCCGAAGGACGUGCAGAAGCUCGCUAAUGACUUCUUGCGCGACUUUAUUCAAGUAAACAUCGGCUCCAUGGAGCUCACUGCAAACCAUAACAUCCAACAGAUCGUCGAAGUCUGCAGCGACUUUGAGAAGCGUUCGAAGCUCAUUAAGCACCUAGACCAGAUCAGUCAAGAAAACGCAAAGGUCUUGAUUUUCGUUGGCACUAAGCGUGUCGCCGACGAUAUCACCAAGUACCUUCGUCAAGACGGAUGGCCCGCUUUGGCUAUCCAUGGUGACAAGGAGCAACGUGAGCGUGACUGGGUUCUGGGAGAAUUCAAGGCUGGUAGAUCUCCCAUCCUCAUUGCCACCGACGUGGCAUCUCGUGGACUCGAUGUCAAGGAUGUAGGAUAUGUCAUUAACUAUGACUUCCCGAACAACUGUGAAGACUACAUUCACCGUAUCGGUCGCACAGGACGUGCCGGAAUGAAGGGUAUAUCGUACACUUACUUCACCACUGACAAUGCCAAGUCAGCGCGUGAGUUGAUUGCCAUUCUUCGGGAGGCAAAGGCACAUGUACCACCUCAACUCGAAGAGAUGUCGAUGUUCGGUGGUGGUGGCGGACGCAGUCGCUAUGGCGGAGGCGGAGGCGGACGUGGCCGUGGUGGAGGUGGAGGUGGUGGGGGUGGACGCUUUGGCGGUCAAGAUCAUGGCUAUGGCAGUAGGGGAGGUGAUCGUUGGUAAACUCUCUACCACCUCUGUUCCUCGCCCUCCUUCGCAUAUGCUUACAAUAGAGAAUAAGAGUCUGGUACUCCCGGGUUUGUCGGUAGUGAUGAUGCAUCAUGAUUCCCCAUGGGUUCGUAGAGUUACGACUGUCUAAUGUAUUUUUGUCCACGCGUCUGUACUGCUAUGAUACAUAAUCGUAUUCUGGACCAAUUUGAGUGUUUACACACGCCUUCGAACUACCAUGACCAU